CAGCAGCGGACGAUGCAAUGCUGUUGCCAUUGCGAACCAAAGGCCCACUCUGUUUUGUUUUGAAGCGUUCAAGCAUUUUCUCACAGUCCUUGCCAGAGGACUCGCAUCCCGUGAUUCUGUUCGGAAAUGUUAACGAAGAAGGAGAAACUUCUCAUCCGUCCGUGGCAAAUGCAACGGUACAUCAACCAUCGCAUCAAGGUGGUAACGGCCGUGCCGGCCAUCGAUUUCCAUCCUCCGCCGGAACGAGUUCACAUUACCCAGAAGCUGAAGAAGCAGCAGAAAGAGCUAGAACGACAGGAGAAGAUCGAACAGGAGAACAUCCGCUUGCUGCAGCGACUCGGGGCAAUCAUGAGCAAGAAGCGACUGGACAACAUUUGGACCUACACCCGACCGAAUUUCCUUAGCCGUGAAUACAUCUAUCCGGUGCGCCCAAAGACCACUCCGGAUUCGUCCGGGCGACGAGGUUCCUCGGCGCAACCGACGGGUGGUAGCUACUCCGAUACGACCGUGUCACCGUUGGCCAAGAGUACGAUAAGAGCGAUCCGCUGCAGUGCGUGCAACACACCGCGCCGAUUGGCCACCCAACUCAAUCGGGUAGCACCGGAAGGCCGCAUACCGUGGGCACCGCAGCGAAAGACCACCAACCGUAAGCUGCUGCAAGAGGCGGAAACGGAGCAGCACGUUUGCUGUCGGUUCUGUUGCUGCUGAGGCGAAGCGAAUACGACGGGCACCGAACACUACCAACCCCUUACCACGGCCAACGGUGGCCAUGGAUAACGUUUGGAAAUAAUUAGCCGCACACACAGAGAGAAAGUAGAGUU